CGCCCCCCCCCCUCCAUGCGGGCGGACGCGCCCCGCCAGGACGCGGGAGCCGAGGAGCUGAGCGGGGCCGCGGACGGGCGCCAUGGAGACUGAGAGCGAGCAGAACCCCAACUCGGCGGGCGCGGGCUCUGGGGGCAGCGCCCGGCCGCAGAUCGCCCAGAUGUCCCUGUACGAGCGGCAGGCGGUGCAGGCCCUGCAGGCCCUGCAGCGGCAGCCCAACGCCGCGCAGUACUUCCACCAGUUCAUGCUCCAGCAGCAGCUGAGCAACGCCCAGCUGCACAGCCUGGCGGCCGUCCAGCAGGCCACGAUCGCCGCCAGCCGCCAGGCCAGCUCCCCGAACCCCAGCGCCGUGCCGCCGCCGCAGCCGGCCUCCACCACGCAGGCCUCGAUGAACGCGGCCCCCACGCCCGCCGCCGCCGCGCAGCUGGCCAGCCGGUCGCAGAGCGCGAGCUCGCCGGGCGCCACCACGCUGACGCAGUCGGUGCUGCUGGGGAACGCGGCCUCCCCGCCGCUCAGCCAGUCCCAGGCCCAGAUGUACCUGCGGGUGAACCGGACCCUGGGCCGCAACGUGCCGCUCGCCUCGCAGCUCAUCCUGAUGCCCAACGGGGCGGUGGCCGCCGUGCAGCCGGAGGGGCCGCCCGCGCCGCCCGGGGCCCCGUCCCCCGGCGGCCACCCCGACGCCGCCCGCCGCCGCCGACCAGGUCCGUGCAGAACCUGGCGGUGCGCGGGGCCCCGCCCGCCCCGUCGGCCCCGACCCCGGCCCCGGGCGCGCAGAUGCCGGGCUCGGGCGCCAAGCCGCGGGUCCCGGCGCCGCCCCGGCCUCGGGCCCCGCGCUGGCCGCCCCGGGGCCGCCCUGCCCGUCGGUGAACCUGAGCCCGGCGGGCGCGGGCGCGGGCGGGGGCGGGGGCGGGGCGGCCUGCCGGGGCCCCUGGGACUGGGGGCGGGCGGCCCGGCGCCCGGGGGCGGCGGCGGGGGCGGCGGCCUGGGCCCCCUGCCGGCCUCGCCCGCGCUGGCCGGGGGCGGCUGCCCGCGGAAGGGCACGGGCGUGGUGCAGCCCCUGCCGGUGGCCGCGCAGGCGGCGGCGCUGGGCCCCGGGGGCGGCGGCGGCGGCGGGGCCGAGGCGGAGGCCGCCAAGAAGGCCGAGGGCGACGCGGCCGGGGCCGGCGGGGGCGCGGCGCCCAGCGCGGGCGUCAACCUGACGCGCACAGCCGCGCCCGCGCCCAGCCAGACGCUCAUCAGCUCGGCCACGUACACGCAGAUCCAGCCGCACUCGCUGAUCCAGCGGCAGCAGCAGAUCCACCUGCAGCAGAAGCAGGUGGUGAUCCAGCAGCAGAUCGCCAUCCACCACCAGCCGCAGUUCCCGCACCGCCAGUCGCAGCUGCUGCACGCCGCCGCCGCCGCCGCGCACCUGCAGCUCCAGCCGCCGCCCGCCGCGCCCCCCGCCGCCCCGGCCCCGCCGCCGCCCGCCGCGCACCCGCCCGCGCCGCCCGGCCCGCCGCCGCCGCCGCCCCCCGCGCCCACGCAGACGCUGGUGGUGCAGCCCAUGCUGCAGGCGGCGCCGCUGCCCAUCCAGGCCAAGCCCGCCGCCGCCGCUGCCGCCCCGGCCCCGCCGCCCAAGCCGCCCGCGCCCGGCGCCGCCCCGCACAUCCCCGUGCAGGUGGUGGGCGCGCGCCAGCCGGGCCCCGCGCACGCGCAGGCGCUCGGCCUGGCGCAGCUGGCGGCCGCCGUGCCCGCCGCCCGCGGCCCCGCGCCGCCCGCCGGGCCCGCGCUCGCCGCCGCCUCGCCGCCCUCCGCGCAGGCGCCGGGGCGAAGCCGCCGGCUGGCGGUGAAGCGCAAGGCCGAGAGCGAGGAGGAGCGGGGCGCCCUGCCCGCCCGCGGGGCCGAGGACAAGGGCGGCCUCGGAGAGAAGGCGGAGGCCGCGUCCGGCGGGGCCCCCAGCCUGGCGGGAGGCGAGCUGGAGGCCGCCGUCCUGGCCCCGGCUCCCCCCGCGCCGGCGCCCUCGCUGGCCCUGGUGUCGCGGCCGGCGGGGGACUCGCGGCCGCCGCAGGCCAUCGUCAAGCCGCAGAUCCUCACGCACAUCAUCGAGGGCUUCGUCAUCCAGGAGGGGGCGGAGCCGUUCCCGGUGGCGUGCGCGCAGCUGCUGAAGGAGUCUGAGAAGGCGCUGCCGAGCGGCCUCCCGCCGGGCCUGGGCCAGAGCCCGUCGGGGGGCGCGCUGGGCGGGGACAGCCCCUCCGUGGAGCUGGAGAAGCCCGCGAGCCUCCUCAAGUGCGAGUACUGCGGCAAGUACGCGCCCGCCGAGCAGUUCCGCGGCUCCAAGCGCUUCUGCUCCAUGACCUGCGCCAAGAGGUACAACGUGAGCUGCAGCCACCAGUUCCGGCUGAAGAGGAAGAAGAUGAAGGAGUUCCAGGAAGCCAGCUACGCGCGCGUGCGCCGGCGCGGGCCUCGCCGCAGCUCCGCCGACAUGGCCCGCGCCAAGGCCCAGGGCAAGCGCCACCGGGGCCAGGAGGACUCGAGCCGGGGCUCGGACAACUCGAGCUACGACGAGGCGCUGUCCCCGACGUCCCCGGGGCCCCUGGGGCGCGCGGGCCACGCGGAGCGGGAGCUGGGCGGCGCCCUGGCCGCGCCCCCCACGCCCGAGCUGCACGGCGCCAGCCCCGAGUUCCUGCCGGCGCACCCCAGCCGCUGGAGCGUGGAGGAGGUGUACGAGUUCAUCGCCUCGCUGCAAGGCUGCCAGGACAUCGCGGAGGAGUUCCGCUCGCAGGAGAUCGACGGGCAGGCGCUGCUGCUGCUCAAGGAGGAGCACCUCAUGAGCGCCAUGAACCUCAAGCUGGGGCCCGCGCUCAAGAUCUGCGCCAAGAUCAACGUGCUCAAGGAGGCCUGAGCGCGCCUGCGCUGGGGACGGGCGCCAGGGGCCUGAGCGCGCCUGCGCCGGGACAUUCCCACCAGACCUCUCCCCACCCCGCCGGCCCGGCCGCGUGGACUGCUGGGCCGCGGCCGGGACGCAGGACGCAGGACGCCGAGUUCGAGUCCCGGCUUGGACUCCGCCGCCGGCCCGGCGGCCCCAGCGGGCGGGUGCGGGGCGCGGCGCGGCGCGGGGCCUGUCCCGCCGGCCCCCUCGGUGCUACCCCCCUCCCCCUCCCCCCAAAUCUCAGCUAUU